AUGUCAAAGUACAAUAUCACAAAUGCGCUCAUGGAGCGUAUCCAUCACUUUGCCUCGUUUCCUCAAACAGGAGUAUCACUCCAACAGAUGAUUCACUUUGGCCAACACCCAACGCCCGGUACGAUCCUCAAAGCCUCCCAGUUCUUGGCGGAAGAACUGCCGAUAAGAUUAUCGCAUCGCGUCGUGGAGCUCGAUGGGCUGCCGGAUGGGCUCAACAAGAUGCAUAGUAUACAGAAGGUGAAGGAGUGGUAUGCUCAGAGUUUUGAAGAACUAGUAUCAUUCCCGAAACCACGUUUCCGGGACCUCGCCCUCAUCUCCGAAUCUCGCAAACCCUUCCCCAGCGCCACCCCCAACCCCUCCCUCGACCCCCUCAUGCAAGAAGGUCCCUCCGGCGGCACCCCCCUCCCCUCUUCCCGCCCCCAAGGCCAAAUCAUCCGCACCCUCAAUGGCACCUCCCUAACAACGCACAAAACCCCACCUUCCUCCCAAGGGCAGCACAACCUCGCCAAAGGUCAUCCCAACCGCUACCGCCCCCCUAUAGAAAGACGGCACUAUUCCCCGCCUUCUGCGGCGGUAGAGUACCCACCGGAGGUGUUGGAGUAUAACGAAAAGUUUACGAAAAUGUUGGAGAAUAUUAAGAAGAGGCAUGAUCCGACUGUGACGGCGGUGGCGCAGGGGGUGUUGGAGUGGAAGAAGAAGCAGAAGGGCGGGAGGAUUGGGGCGCCGAUACAAGAGUUUCUAGACCGGUUUUAUAUGAGUCGGAUUGGGAUUAGGUUCUUGAUCGGACAGCAUGUGGCGCUGAAUACGCUCCAACCCCACCCGGACUACGUCGGCAUCAUCUGCACCAAAGCCAACAUCCACGACAUCUGCCACGAAGCCAUCGAAAACGCGCGCUACGUCUGCGAAGAACACUUUGGUCUCUUCUCCGGCCCGCCCAUCCAGCUCCUCUGCCCGCAAGACCUCCAUUUCCCCUACGUCCCCGGCCAUCUCUCGCACAUCUGUUUCGAGUUGCUCAAGAAUUCCCUGAGAGCUGUGGUGGAGAGGUAUGGGGCGGAUAAUGAAGACACGUUUCCGCCGAUCAAGGUGGUGGUGGUAGAAGGGAGUGAGGAUAUUACGAUCAAGAUUAGUGAUGAGGGGGGCGGUAUUGCCCGAAGCGCUAUCCCUAUGAUCUGGACCUAUCUCUACACAACAAUGUCCGACGAAGGCCUCGAAACCAACAUCGAACAAUCCGACUUUAACGCCCCCAUGGCCGGAUUCGGGUACGGCCUCCCCCUCUCUAGGCUGUAUGCACGAUUCUUUGGCGGGGACCUGAGGUUGAUCUCGAUGGAUGGGUAUGGGACGGAUGUUUAUAUUAGUUUGAAUAAACUGAGUUCUUCGUGA